AUGUCCAAAGAAGAAUACGAAAUCCAAGACCUCGAGAAGCGCGGCGGCUCGCGCUUCGAGGCGUCCGACGACGACUCCCAGCCUAUAGUCGAGUCCACCGAGGUCACAAAGCUGUCGUUUUUCGACCGUCUUGCCCUCAAGCUGCGCGCAGAAACUAAGGGUAUCGACCCCGUCGGCGACGAUGAGAGAAACGCAGACGAGUCUAUCUGGACCGCUGCGUCGAUGUGGUUUUCCGCCAAUAUGGUGAUUGCUGCGUUUGCCGUCGGCGCGCUUGGCCCUUUGAUCUUCGGAAUCAACUUCUGGGGUAGUGUCCUCGCCACACUCGUGUUUUCCUUCCUCGGGGUCAUGCCCGUCGCUUUUUACUCCGUCUUUGGUGUUGAGCUUGGUCUCAGACAAAUGGUUUUGUCCCGUUUCUUGCUCGGUAACAUCACCGCCCGUGUUUUCGCGCUCAUCAACGUUGUUGCAUGUGUCGGAUGGGGUGCCGUCAACACCAUUGCUUCCGCUCAAUUGCUCCACAUGGUUAAUCCAAAUGGAAAGCAGUGUCCACCUUGGGCCGGUUGUCUUAUUAUUGUGCUCUCCACCAUCUUUGUCACACUCUUUGGUUACCGUGUCAUCCACGCAUAUGAAAAGUGGUCGUGGAUUCCCAACUUUGCAGUCUUUUUCGUAAUCAUCGCGAGACUCAAGAUCGAUGGCUCCUUUACCGCCGGCCCUUGGGUCGAUGGUCAGACCACCGCUGGUGGCAUUUUGUCCCUCGGUGGUGUCGUUUUUGGUUUCGCCGCGGGUUGGACCACUUACGCGGCUGAUUAUACUGUCUACAUGCCUCGCGACACGAACCGUGCCAAGAUCUUCUUUGGUGUCAUGGCCGGUCUUAUGUUCCCGCUAACUUUCGCUAUCAUUUUGGGUGCCGCUGCCGGCGCUGCUGCCGUUAACAACGCGUUGUUUUAUAAAAACUACUUUGAUCAUGGUAUUGGUGGUCUAGUCUACGCUAUUCUCGUUCCAAACUCACUAAACGGUUUUGGCCAAUUCUGCUGUGUCUUGCUAGCCAUGUCCACGGUUGCCAAUAACAUUCCAAACAUGUACUCCAUUGCUCUCGGUACGCAGGCCAUGUGGGAGCCCUUGGCCAAGGUUCCAAGAGUCUUCUGGACUGUGGCUGGUAACUUGGUCACCUUGGCUAUCGCCAUCCCAGCUUACUACAACUUCAUUCACUUCAUGACUAAUUUCAUGGAUGCUAUUGCGUACUACUUGGCCAUUUACAUUGCUAUUUCCUUAAGUGAGCAUCUCUUUUACAGAAAGAACAAUUUCAAAAACUACCACGUCAAGGAUUGGGAUAACUGGCAUGCUUUGCCUAUUGGCUACGCUGGCUGUUCCGCGCUAGUCGUGGGUGGUUUUGGUGUUGCCCUUGGAAUGUCCCAAACCUACUGGGAAGGUGAAAUCGGUCGUAAAAUCGGCGCAGCUGGCGGUGAUAUCGGUUUCGAACUUGGGUUUCUUUUCGCUUUGGUUGCCUACAACGUUCUAAGACCAUUAGAGUUGAAGUAUGUAGGCCGUUAA